CUCCGUUUUGAGUCCUGUCGACUCCUUCCUCAGCCGACGGCGACGCCGAUCUGGGUAGAGAGCCACCUCCGUUACUAUCAUUACUCCGGCGAAGAAUUCACUUCUGGCCUCAGGUCAUGGUGCAGUGGCAGAGGCAUAUACUGCCAAUACUUCGCCAUAUUGGGAAGAGAGUGAAUCCUGCCAAUGAUGUUGUUGCAAACACUGUAAUUUCUCGCACUGGGUCGUCACUUUCACAUGGUCAGGUACAGACCGCAUGGAGAAUGCCCUUGGGCGGCAUCUCAAGGCCGUUUUGGUAUAAUUUCCAAUAUCAGGGAAUCGCAAGUUCAACCAAGGUGCUAGCAAAUUCCUCUGGGGAAACCCCUGUUUCAUCUCCAUUAACCCCAGUUUUGUCAUUGAGUAGUGGUAAAACUGAAGACGAAAAGAAGAAAGCAGUUGUUAAGCGAUCAAAAGUUCAAGCUGUGUUAAAGGGCAUAAAGCAGAGUCCAAAGAAGGUCAACUUGGUCGCUGCCCUAGUGCGUGGUAUGCGUGUUGAAGAUGCAUUGAUGCAAUUGCAGUUGACGGUGAAGAGGGCUUCCAAAACUGUAUAUCAGGUUAUUCAUUCAGCUCGAGCAAAUGCAGCGCAUAAUCAUGGGCUGGAUCCAGAUCGUCUCAUUGUUGCUGAAGCAUUUGUUGGAAAGGGAUUCUACAAAAAGAGAAUUUCUUAUCAUUCCAAAGGAAGAUGUGGUGUCAAAAUGAGACCAGAGUGCAGACUAACAGUUUUGGUGAGAGAAAUAACUGCUGAAGAGGAAGCAGAGAUAGCUAGGCUAAGAGUUCACAACUUCCGGAAGCUCACAAAGAGGGAAAGACGGCUUGUGCCUCAUCAACUCAUUGAGACCACUCCCAUUUGGGGUCGCAAAAACAAAUCUAGCAGUCAUAACUCGAGUUCUACAGCUACUGCCUGAGCCAGCUUUUAUUCGAGCCUUCACGUUAAGAUUGGCAAUUUAGAUGUUACAUGUUAGAUUGUGAUAUGUUCUGUUCAUGUAUGGCUUCAUAUCAUAGAAUCAGACACUAAGAAAUAGGGAGAACACCAAAGAGUCAUGCGACAGCUGGUCAUGGUUCCAAGUUUCCUUGAGAUAAGUUUAUAUGUGCGAAGUAACUGUUUUUUUUUUUGGCAAAUAAUAUUGUAUUGAAUCAGUUUUCGUUGAUAGCGUUCUGUGACGUCUUCCUAACGAUGUAUAUGAACAUGAUUUUAAAAAAAAAAUUACAAAUUUGUAAA